AUUUGCUCAUUCAAGCACAAGUGAACAUUUCUCACUCAUUCAUCAAACAGCAGAAAAAAAAAAAAAAAACAUGUCUGGUCGUGGUAAAGGCGGUAAAGGUCUUGGCAAGGGUGGAGCAAAGAGACAUCGAAAGAUCCUGCGUGAUAAUAUCCAGGGUAUAACCAAACCUGCAAUUCGCCGACUUGCUCGUCGUGGCGGUGUGAAGCGUAUCUCCGGUCUUAUCUAUGAGGAGACCCGUGGUGUCCUCAAGGUUUUCCUUGAAAAUGUCAUUCGAGAUGCUGUAACUUACACAGAGCAUGCCAAAAGAAAGACCGUCACAGCGAUGGACGUCGUGUACGCCCUGAAGCGCCAAGGGCGAACUCUGUACGGCUUCGGUGGCUAAGCGACUUCUCUUCCAAGAGUUCAAAACAAAACACAAACGGUUCUUUUAGGAACCACCACAUAUGACAAGAGUCAUGUCCCAAUGCAUCGAUAAUAUCUCGUUAUAAGAGAAACACUAGAAACGCUAAACUAAACAAUCACUCGCGCACCAAACAUACAACCACGCACAACUAACCAAUACUUACAUACCAACAAAUAGGUAAAGAAACAAGCUAACAAUAGGAGGCCUUUCACAACAAAUUUGUAGUUAAAUGAUUCUGCACAAACUCGCGUUAAGAUAAAACUGUGUUUAUAUCGAAUCUAAACAUUAUCAUCUAAUAUAGAGUCUUAACUCGCGUAAAGAUAUAACCGUGUUUAUUUCGAAGCUAGACAUCAUCAUCAAUAUAGAGUCUAGUGGCGGUUGCAUUUCUUGUUUAUGCUUGACAAUAACGAUGCUAUUCCUUAAGCGACUUUUAUAUUUUUUUUUCUAUCGACGAAUCAAAAAUCUGCUUUUCGGUGUUUUGCGUAUGCGCGUACUCUUUCGGUUGAGGUUGUUAUUGUUUUUUUUUAUAGGGAGAGGUGCAUGUUGACUCUAGAUAUGUAGUGUAUAUGUUUUUGUGUUGUUUGUUAUGGGAGAGGCAGGGGAUAUUCGUUUUGUUAUAGUCAGAUUGCAUGUGACUUGAACUUUUCUCUAUGUGGUGGCUCCUAAAAGAGCCGUU